GAGAAAGUUGUGAUCGACAAAUCGCCAAAUUCAGAAAUGUGUGAAAGCGGUGAUGAUGAGAUGAAAAGGAGUUGUGUAUUUCGUGUCCGUUGGGGAAAAGAAAGUUUUUCGAUACAAAUUUCAGCAACUGCAACUCUAUGGGAGUUGAAGCAAGAGUUGUUAAAACGUACCAACGUGUUGCCAGACCGUCAGAAAAUCCUCGGGCUGACACUGCGCCCCUAUUUACUUGCAGAUACUGUAACACUACAAGAAGUUUGUAACAAAAAUGAAUAUAACUUAAUAUUGAUGGGCACUCCAGAAGAGCAACUUCAACAGAUAUACAACCAUGCUCCCUUUCCUGAAAUUGUAGAUGACGUUGAAGGAGAGUCUCACCGAACCGAAAUUGUCCACUUUGAAAAGUGCAUGGAAACUUUGGAACGUAACAUAAAACAAUUACAAAUAACUUUGAUGAAUGAACUUCGUCCUCAGAAAAGACUUCUCGUGUUGGAUCUUGACAACACUUUGAUGCAUAACUCAUACUCUACAACUAUUCAAGAUGCAAUUCGUCCCGGUGUCCAUGAAAUGCUGAGCACCGUUUAUCCCUUUUAUGAUAUUUGUAUAUGGUCACAGACGAGUUGGCGGUGGUUGGAGGCCAAGAUAACUGAAAUGGGUCUUCUUUUGUGUCCUCACUAUGCAAUAUCCUUUGUAUUGGAUAGGCUGGCCAUGGCUUCUGUAACUGUACGAAAGAAGCGACAGUUGAAGAAGCAUUCGGUGAAGCCAUUACAAGUUGUUUGGAGGAAAUUUCCUGAUCAUUUUUCUCCUCAGAAUUCUAUACAUGUGGAUGAUUUGAGCAGAAAUUUUGUUUUGAACCCAGAAAAUGGUUUAAAGGUAUCGCCUUAUACAACCAAAGAUACGAAUGACAGAGAAUUGUUUUUGCUAACAAAUUAUUUGGUAUUGAUAGCUCAAAGAGAAGCUGACUUUUCCAAGGUCAACCACAAGAAAUGGAAACAUUAUGAACGUAAACAUCGCAGAGAACUGGAUAAUAUCUUUCAAACGUUUUUUUAAUGCUUAGUUUAUGCAAAUAUGGAAUGUACAGCAGUUGUGUUGUUUGUAAAUAGAAUCAAUUGGCUAUAAAAAGUUGAACCAUCGU